CUCCGUGCUUGUAUUUAGUCGCCAUUUCGGGGCCAAGUGGGGCCUGGGAGUCGCGCGGCUAGCUGGCUGGCUGGCGAGUGACACCACAGGGUACCCGCGCGAUGACCACAAAGCCAAGCCGCAUCCUGUACCAAAUAUAACUGUGUUUACUGGUAUAAAGGUUUUCUACUCCCCUUAUGUAAUGAGCGAAUUUCAGAUGCUUUUUAGGGCGUGUGCUACUUUAUGGCAAACAGAGAUGUCAUAUAGCAAGUGGGACUCCACCAACCGUUUCUGGUCGGGAGGAAAUAUUCCAUGUGCACCCAUGCGGAACAUCGGUAUAAAAGUACAACCACGGACUAACUCAUGACCAGUUGGUAAAGCUCUUGCCCGACAUGGUAUCUCGACGUGGUAGCUCCGUAUUUUCCCCUAAAAUGGCCGAGGUUCAAGCCCCCGAUAAUGUAAUUAUCCUUCCCCCCGAUAUCGAGGAGCAACAAGAACCACCAGUCGCUGAACAACAGGUUCAGCAGAACCCACCUAAUGAGAUCGCCGAGCAGAUUAAAGCCUUGCAGGCACAACUGGCUGUACUUAAUGCUGCGAAAACAGACAAAGGCGGAGUCCCCGCCGCUUUUCAGCUCGUCCGCCAGUUAGCGAGUGCCCCUCCUCGGCUCAGAGACCCAGCCAUGAUCAUGAACGCCCUUCAAAACCUAGCCGACGAGGCAAGAUAUUGCAGUGACACCAAGGCGGCUCAAUAUGAGGUGGUACUCAGUGCAGGCCGCACAUGUAUAAACCACAGUUUGGAGACCUCAUCAUCAGGCUUUUAGAAACCAAAGAGGAUAUGUCCGUCGCGUCUACAAUCUCCAAGAUGAUGAAAAGUGACGGCCCUACACAGUUUAGGAGAGGGCGCGGCCGCUUCGGCGGGUAUUCAGAGCUCCACCACUCAAAGAGCGUGGCCGUGGAGCAUGUUUCAUUUGUGGAAAACCUGGAAAAACUGCCCUAAUUCUCAGAAUGCGGUCUAGAAUAUAUAAUUAAAAAAACUUAUUCUGUCA